AUGAAUUCUGCAGUUCAAUAUCGAUUAUCUGAACUAUAUUUUAAUAUCUAUCCUCGAUUAGUCAAUCGAUUUAAUCCCAGUGCUCCACAUUCGAUUUCUAUAUAUAUCGACGGAGAUCGUCAUUAUCCAUUCUGGGGAAGAGCAGUUAAUUCCAAGAUGAUCAUCAGUGCACAUCGACUUCGUAAUCCUCAGUUCUAUUCUCGUUAUUACGAUAUAUUUCUUCACGAAUUAGCUCAUUUAGUUCAACAAUAUACUACACAAAAUCUUGCUGAUGUGGAAUGGUUAGGCGAAGGUUUGGCUGAUUAUGUCCGAUAUACAUAUGGUAGUGACAAUCUCAAUGCUGAUUGGCCAAUGAUUGAAUAUCGUCAUACACAAAAUUAUAACGACGGUUAUAAAGUAACUGCACGAUUUCUUAUUUGGCUUGAUUAUAAAUAUAAUUCAAGUGUUAUUGAUAAAUUGGAUCAAGGUUUACGAGAUGUAACAUACAAACAGAAUACAACAUGGAAAGAGUUAACAGGGAAAUCUGUUGAAGACUUGUGGAAAGAUUACAGUCAAAAUCCAGAUAUCAUUCAUCAUAUACCAUGGAUAUGA